CUUAAAGGGAAGGCGACAGCUUGCUGGGUGCCCAGCUGAAGCCCGCCCGGCGCCCUCGUGCGCGGGGCCUGAUGCGUGGCGCUGAGGGCCGGCUCCGGGCUUGGUGCCGGCGCCAUUAACCAGUUUGCCUUGAGCUCCCAUAACCUUGGAAACAACUGUGUUGGUUCUCAGAGUGUGGUGCCGGGGCUAGCCGCCAACCGGGACCUCGUUAGAAAGGCAGAGUCUGAAUGUGGAGCUGCGGGAGGCCUAUCCUGAGGCGUUUGAACAAACGCUGGCGGUGCUCUGGUGCAGCUCGGGGCCGAGCCCCCCUGGUCCCCACGUGCUGGGUGUGCAAGAGCCCUGCCGCGAGACGGUUUCUGUGAGAACUCGUGUCUUCCCUGCAAGGGUGAACUCAGACUUCCACACAUGCGUGAAACAGGCUUCCCUGAGCGCCUUUGCUUUCACGCCGAGUGUCUGUGUGUGAGGACACACGAGAGGAUCCAUUUCCCGAGCGACCCGUGGGAGCCCACCUGAGGCCAAACCAGGUGGUGCCGAGUAAAGAAAAUGAAGACAAUCCUGCUGGUGCUCACUAAGCCCAGGUGCAGGCCUCUGCAGGAGGGGUAGUAGAAGGCUGGAGACACACACCUGCUUGGAAUGAACGCUAAACAAAGCCAGACACUAGUUAAGAAGAUAAUGACAACUGGGAUCUUCCAGUGGCCUGCUAAUUUGGGCAAAUUCUAAAAAUCUGCAUCAUAGAUGUGCUGAAUAGGAUAAAAUUGCGUGACCUCCUGGAGUGGUCUCUCUCGUGCGUCAGCACGCAGUCAGGAGUGCAAUGCCGUUCCCAAUGUGCGCUCAUCUGUGAGGGGCUUUGACAAAGACUCACUGCAUCCAUUGACUCCCCGGGAAGUCUGAGGUCACAAGCUUGGCUGGUGCACAUGAGCCCAAUAAAGAAGAUGGUUUUACUCUCCUGAAACAAAGCCAGAAACUUGAUCUCCUCAUUGUGCACUUUGGACCAUGUGCUAACGAUGAGGAUUUUUCUAAUACUAAUCCGCCUAAUGACGGCUUCUCCCAGCCCUUACACAAACCCCACAAGGCCCCGUGGCUUGGCAAGCCAGACAGAAUAAAGGCAGCACGGCAUUUGGCUUUUGAACUGAGUUCAAGGCAAUUAAAGUCAAGGGCUAAGGAGGGAAGGAGGGGGUAUAGAAAUGCCCGCAUAAUAAGUAGUGUGACUGGAGCACUCUGCAAAUUAACUCAAUUAGACAAAGCCUGAUUUAACGGGGGAAGAUGGUGAGAAGCACUACCCUCAUUAAAUUUGGCUGUUAGAGGCGCUCCUAAUGAAAUUAAAUUUGUGUUAGUCGUUUGAGUCACAUAAAAUAGUGUGUACAUGUGCCUGUACACACAUGCACAUGUGAAGGGUCUGUGAUUUGGGUAGGUAUUUUUUUUUAGGGGGAGAGGGAUAGAAUGCAAAAAACUAUAUACUAAAAAGAGAAAAAGACAGCGAAUGCUCAAGAGCUCAAGAGUGGAAGACUAGGAGAAAGGGAAGACAUAAAGAAGGACUGGGAAGGGAGAGCCAGUUAUCACCCAGCCAUGAGCCUCCUUCAACUGGGACUCCUGUUUCUGUGCCUGGACUGUGGAAUCCUGCCUGGGGCUUGGGCUCAGUUCCCUCGGGUGUGCAUGACCUUGGGUAGCCUGGUGAACAAGGAAUGCUGCCCGCCCCUGGGUGCAGAGCCGUCCAACAUCUGUGGUUCUCAGGAUGGCCGGGGGCAGUGUGCAGAGGUACAAACUGACACCAGGCCCUGGAGUGGCCCUUAUGUCCUGCGAAACCAGGAUGACCGUGAGCAGUGGCCAAGGAAGUUCUUCAACCGGACCUGCAAGUGCACAGGAAACUUUGCUGGUUACCAUUGUGGAGACUGCAAGUUUGGCUGGACUGGCCCCAACUGUGAUCAGAGGAAGCCGGCAGUUGUUCGGCAGAACAUCCAUUCUCUGUCUGCUCAGGAGAGGGAGCAGUUCUUGGAUGCCUUAGACCUGGCAAAGAAGAGCCCACACCCCGACUACGUGAUCACCACACAGCACUGGCUGGGCCUUCUUGGGCCCAAUGGGACCCAGCCUCAGAUCGCCAACUGCAGCAUAUAUGACUUUUUUGUGUGGCUCCAUUAUUAUUCUGUUAGAGACACAUUAUUAGGACCAGGGCGCCCCUAUAAGGCCAUAGAUUUUUCACACCAAGGGCCUGCCUUUGUUACUUGGCACCGGUACCACUUGAUGUGGCUGGAAAGAGAUCUCCAGCGACUCACAGGCAAUGAGUCCUUUGCUUUGCCCUACUGGAACUUUGCCACCGGGAGGAAUGAAUGUGAUGUGUGCACAGACCAGCUGCUUGGGGCAGCAAGACAAGAGGAUCCGACUCUGAUCAGUCAGAACUCACGGUUCUCCAACUGGGAGAUUGUCUGUGACAGUUUGGAUGACUACAACCGCCGGGUCACCCUGUGUAAUGGCACCUAUGAAGGUUUGCUGAGAAGAAAUCGAGUGGGAAGAAAUAGUGAGAAGCUGCCAACCUUAAAAAACAUACAGGACUGUCUGUCUCUGCAGAAGUUUGACAAUCCUCCUUUCUUCCAGAACUCUACCUUCAGCUUCAGGAAUGCUCUGGAAGGGUUUGAUAAAGCGGAUGGGACUCUGGACUCUCAAGUGAGGAGUCUUCAUAACUUGGUACACUCUUUCCUGAAUGGAACAAGCGCUUUGCCACAUUCUGCUGCCAAUGACCCUGUUUUUGUGGUCCUUCAUUCCUUUACUGAUGCCAUCUUUGAUGAGUGGAUGAAAAGAUAUGACCCUCCUGUAGAUGCCUGGCCUCAGGAGCUGGCACCCAUUGGUCACAAUCGCAGGUAUAACAUGGUGCCGUUCUUCCCUCCGGUGACAAAUGAGGAACUGUUUGUAACCACAGAGCAACUCGGCUAUACCUAUGCCAUUGAUCUGCCAGUUGAAGAAACUCCAAGUUGGACCACAACCUUCUCAGUGGUUUUGGGAACACUGGUGGCUUUCGUUGGUGUUCUUGCACUGCUUGUUUUCCUUCAAUAUAGAAGGAUUCGGAGAGGAUACACACCCCUAGUAGAGACACAUUUGAGCAACAAAAGAUACACAGAAGAAGCCUAGGGAGUUCAUGAUUUACUUAAGAGAUCACCAACCUGCAGGUCUGACCCCGACGGAAAUUAAGCUAAUCCUCACUGACUGUGAUAAUAAUCAAAUUGUUCCCGAUGUUCUUCAUAGGUGUUGCUGAUGAUCCCAAAUGGUGAAGAUGGUUAUAGUUUGCUUGUUGCUAAAGAGUAAUCCAAGUUAAGACAGAGCUGACAAAUUGAGAUAUCUGAUAAGAAUUGUCCAUAUCGCUUAAGCCACUUCUUGUACUGAAAGCACCAAAUAACAAAAAAAUUGACCAAAUUUAAAUUUGUAGGUCAGUGUCACUUAAGACCUGGACAAAACCAUGAUGCAAUCUGUUUGGCUCACCUGUUUUCAGUUGUAACAAUGUGAAGGAGGGGAGGGGUGGGAGGACUAGAUGAAUUUUCAAGAUUCAUCCUACCUAUAAACACCUAUGCUCUAGGAAUCUUUCUUUUAUCUCAAUUUAAGAGGGAGAAGGGGAGAGAGAGAGAUAUUCCAUAUACUGGUUCAUUUCCCAAAUGUCACAAUGGCCAAGACUGGGCUGGGCUGAAAGCAAGAGCCAGGAACUCAGUCUAGGUCUCCCAUACAGUGGUAGAGAUCCAAGUACUUGAACAAUCACUUGCUGCCUCCAAGGGUGUGCAUUAGCAGGAAGUUAGAAUUGGUAGCAAAGUCAGAAUUUGAACCCAGGAAAUUCAAUAUUGAAUGCAGGCAUCCCAAGUGGCAUCUUAACCCCUAUGGCCAACUCCUGCCUUCUUGGUGCCCUUCUGUUAAUCUUCUUUGGGCUUCUUUUUUUCUUUCUAGCCUUGAAGAUGAAAAUAUACUCAUUUUCCACAUAGGAUGGAGAAUAAAUGAAUGAAAGAUCAAUUCAAUAUUCUUUUGAAAAUUAGACUUUCCACAAUUUAUUAAAAAUCGGCAGUUCUGAACCAUAGACUGUCCAAUCAAUAGUUGGAUUUACAUUGAUCCUGUAGUGAUAAACAGAAAAGGGAAUAAAAAUACACAGUUUUCUAAUUAAUCUACUGUUCCAAAUCCAUUCACAAGUAUUGACUCACUCCUUCCACAGAAGGCUGACUGGAGAAGGCUACUGAAGCUCUAAGUCUCCACCUGAGUCAAUUUGAUUAGAGUCCCAUUACUUUUAGGUCUCAUUUGGCUGAUCCUAAGUCUGUUCAAAGCUUUACUAGGUAGCCUCAGAGGAAAAACUCAAACAUAAUGCAUCUGGCUUAUUUUAAAGAGUUGGCAUUAGAUUCACUAAUGCUGCACUGUAUUGGUAGUUAGUGAUGAAUGCUAAUCAGUUAAGUCAUCAUUUGAAAGUAAAUAAUAUGAACAAAAUAUGACAAUUCAGAACUAAAUUGUUAUUUUCUGCUAAAUACUCACCAGUUCUUGAGGAAUAAGAAUGAGUCAAUAUUCACUACAAUGUUCAGACUUAUCAUGAUUUCCCUUCCUUCUGAGAGGCUAAUGGCUAGUGAGAUCUCAAGGCAAAUUUCACCUGCACAUAUCUGGUAUCAGCACACAUAUCUGGUGACUCAUCUGUAGGCUUGUUAUGGUCCCUCUACUGGAAUGGAUGUGUAUAAAAGAGAUGGGUGUUAAGAAGGCCCUGGAGCUUCCUUCUAUACUUGGGGCUUAGAGAAUGUAAGAUUCAUCAAGAACCAAUGUUACAUCCUGGAAUGAGACUGUACUAGCCAGAAAUGGACAACACCUAGCUGGAAUUGAAUUUGAGAGUCUUAUGAAGUUGCAAGUACAUUUGAGGAUAGGCUCAAUGGUGACAAUUAAGAGGGGAGUUAAGCCCCAUUUUGGCUUUUCAGCUGCCGCCACAUGCAUAGAUUUCAAUUCCUGCCAUUAAUAGUAUUGGUGAAAAUAUAACAACCUGUCAUUAUGGUGAUCCUAGCUGUAAAGUUUAUGUUCUGAGCUCAGGGUUAUUGGGGAACACAUUUUUGCAUUCUAUUUUUAAAUUGAAAGAGAAAUAUACUAAAAUGAAGAUAUGAUUGUGCAUAGGAGAUAUGUUCCUAAAAAAUCAUGUGUAAAUCAAUAUGUUAAAAGCACCAGGGGAAAUUUAUUUUUUAAGAUGAACUGUUAUGAAUAAUUCUGUAAAGCAAAUAACCACUUCUAUCUUAUC